CACUAAGGAACUAACUGUUGAGGGACUACUUUAGUAGUUUCAGAUGACAGCCUAAUAAAUAUGUUCUUGUUAUUAAACAUUCCUCAAUUCCCCCAUGGAGCUGAGUGAACCAACUGCAUUUCCUGACCUUAUAUAAUCAACUUUAAUUGGCAAACAGACUAGAGUUCAUUAUCUGAUCACUGGGAAAGUUUUCUGUUUCAUAUCUGCAGACUUAAUACAAGACACUGAGUGAAAACUUGUGUAUGAGUGGUCAGACUGCAUCCUCUGCAAUGAAGCAACUCCUGAUUUUGGUGAGUUUGAUUAUUCCAAUCUGGGCCUCUGCUUGCAAGAAGAUAAAUAAAGCAGACAUAGAAGGAAACUGCAUUGAGCAGUUUGCCAUGGCAGAUACUGACGUCAUACUCAAAUGCAAUGGUUCAGAAGAUUCAGCCUUAGUGACUUGGAAAGUAAAUAAUACAGAUCUUGCUCCAAGAAAUGAGAUAGUGCUGACCAGUGGGACCCUCAUGCUGCUGAAUGCUAGUGUGAGUCUGGAUGGAGAGUACACAUGCCACCGAGACAAGACAGGAGAAAUCAUGAGCAAUAUCCACCUUCGUAUGGGAUAUCCUCCAAGCAGGCCACUGAUUAAAUGUUAUUCAGUGAGCUAUCCUGAAAGUGUGCGCUGCACUUGGAAACUGGAAGAAGAAACUCAUAUUCCAACUCACUUCAUUGUAUCUUACAGAUAUGGAAUUGCAAUGAAUGAAGAGGUGAAAAACUGCAAGCAGAUUGUACCUGAGGAGAGCAGCUGUAUAAUCAGAGACAUUCAUCUAUUUUCAGUAACACCGUACACAUUGAAUGUGACUGCUGUGAAUCCACUGGGAUCAACAUCUAAGUUGCACCAGUUUAUUGUGGAAGACAUCAUAAAACCAGAUCCUCCCGAGGAAGUCACUGUGUCACAGAUCGAAAUGCAGAGGAGGAAGCUGUUUGUUCAGUGGAAACCCCCUAGUUCUUGGCCAGAGCUCACAUACUUUCCACUGAAGUACCGGAUUCGAUAUUGGCAAGAUGGAACUAGCAUGUUCAGAAUGAUUGGACCUUAUGAGGAGACAUUUUUUACUUUGGUUGGACUCCGUCCGAAGACCAAGUAUCACAUUGAAGUUUCAGCUAAAGACUUCACAGACAGCGGGGAAGACAGCGACUGGAGUCAUGUCGUGUCUGCUGCUCCAUGGACUUCAACAUGAACGAAUGUAAUACUAGAAUGUGAAAUGGUAUAAUCAAAAUCAGCUAUGACCAAAUGUAACACAAAAAUAUGAGAGCAUAUAGUCAUAAUUAACCAGUCAACACAAAGACAUUUGUACAUUAUCUGUAAACUUAUUCUACUUAAAUAAAUGUUAUAAAUAUUUAUCAUGCACUAA